AGCUCGCCAGCCGCUGCGCCCCGCUCCUCCCCGCCAGGUCCCGGUGGGAGAAAUAUGUGGCAGCCGGCAACGGAGAGACUGCAGCACUUUCAGACCAUGUUGAAGACUAAGCUAAAUGUCUUAACUCUUCGGAAGGAGCCUCUUCCUACGGUGAUCUUCCAUGAGCCAGAAGCCAUUGAGCUGUGCACCACAACUCCGUUAAUGAAGACACGGGCGCACACUGGGUGUAAGGUUACGUAUUUGGGUAAAGUUUCUACGACAGGGAUGCAGUUUUUGUCAGGUUGCACAGAAAAACCAGUCAUUGAGUUGUGGAAGAAGCACACACUUGCCAGAGAGGACAUCUUCCCAGCUAAUGCUCUCCUGGAAAUCCGCCCCUUCCAAGUCUGGCUUCAUCACCUGGACCUCAAAGGAGAAGCUACUGUCCACAUGGACACCUUUCAGGUUGCACGUAUUGCUUACUGCACUGCCGACCACAACGUCAGCCCAAACAUCUUUGCGUGGGUUUACCGAGAGAUCAACGAUGACUUGUCCUACCAGAUGGACUGCCAUGCUGUAGAGUGUGAGAGCAAGCUAGAGGCCAAGAAGCUGGCACAUGCCAUGAUGGAGGCCUUUAAGAAGACUUUCCAUAGCAUGAAGAGUGAUGGCCGGAUCCACCGGAAUAGCUCAUCUGAGGAAAUGUCUCAAGAAUUGGAAUCUGAUGAUGGCUGAUGUGAACUCAUUAAUGAUUAAGCAAAAGCAGAAAUGGCCCUGGGGAUAGAAGCAUAUAGAUGAAUAAGCAACAGUUUGGUUUGGGAUGAGAGGUCUUCCCAGCACUUGACUGAUUCAGCUUUUCAAAA